AUGGCAAAAUUUGAGGAAACCACUACACUCAAAAAAACUCCACAGAAACUGACGUCUGCUCUUGACUUCUUUGGUUCAACUCCUGCUGAAAGAGAAUCGCGAAAAGUUUUUGCUGCAAAGAGGAAACAGAGAUCUGAUGAGCCAGAAGAAAAUGGGGGAGCGCUUGCAAAUGAAGAUCAGGAGUCACUACAUGGAAAAGAGAAGAGACGGAGGGAAAAUGAAGAUCUGAAUGGUAGAGCAACAGAACAGCCAUCCAAGAAAAGAAAAGAAGACUCAUCUACCCCACGACGGGAAGAAAAAAAGCCAUCUCCUGAAAAGAAGAAGACACCGGAGAGUGUUCCCAAGACCACACCUGCUAGUCGGCUUGCAGCUAAAGCAGCCGCAACUGUAGCAUCAAAAGCAACUACUGCUGUCCCUGAGACUCCAGGUAGAGACACUAAGAGGAGUCCAAAGAAAACUGUUACUCCAAAGAAAUCUGAGGACAAAGGAGUUGCAAAGGAAUCUCCAAACGAGAAAACUCCGAAGACACCUAAAUCUGAUGAACCAGAUGAGGUUCCUCCAUCUUUAGAGAAGAAAAAAUCAAAUUAUCGCAGUUUCAUGGCAAGGGAUGGUCCCAGAGCUCUUGGCUCAAAACCAGUCCCUGAGGGAGAAGAAAACUGCCUAGAGGGACUGACAUUUGUUAUUACUGGAGUGCUGGAAAGUAUUGAGAGAGAUGACGCUGCGGAUUUGAUUCAGAGGUACGGUGGCAAGGUGACUCAGUCGGUGAGCAAGAAAACAAGUUAUAUUGUGGUGGGACGGGAUGCUGGUGAGAGCAAACUUUCUAAGGCUAAGCAGUGUGGGACAACACAGCUAGAUGAGGAUGGGCUCUUUGAACUAGUCAAGACAAAACCAGGGAAGAAGAUCAGCUAUGAACCUCCCAGUAAGGAAAAGAAGUCAAAGAAGAAAGAAAAAAGUGAAGAAGCUGAAAAAUUGAGUCAAGGAAAGGAACAGCUCGAAGGGGAAUCAUCGCAGCUUAGUGAACGAUCAGUGUCAUCUCCUGCCACACAGACACCCACAUUAUCACCUGCGUCAAAAGGAGAACCAAGUUUGUUGUGGGUUGACAAAUAUCGCCCACGCUCGGUGAAGCAGAUUAUUGGCCAGCAAGGUGACAAGAGUAACAUGCGAAAGCUGAUGAACUGGCUGAGAGACUGGGAGAAGAACAGAAAGAAACCAUCAACUAAAUCUUCAUUUUUCAAGAAAUAUCAGGAUGGUUUAUUUCAGAGGGCAGCUCUCCUGUCCAGUUCCCCCCUUGGGGAGCCGAACAAAACAACAACUGCAACACUCAUGUGUGAGGAACUUGGCUUCAGCUACAUUGAAAUGAAUGCUACUCAUACAAGAAACAAGAAGACACAUAGAUCUCAGUCAUUAAGCAAUAAAACAAUGGAUGGUUUCCUACCUGACAGCACAUCUUCAAGCGAGUUGUCUAUGAAUCUGGAUUACACUCCCCAUUUCAGGGAAGUUCUUACUAGAUCCCUCAUGACUCAGGAAUUGGGGGAGAUCAGUUCUGGGGUGUCAUAAGGUUGUGAAAGUGAUGGAGGGGUAUGACUUGACAAAAGAGGACUGAGAUUCUAUCAUAGAGGCUGGCCAGUUUGAAGGACAGAGAGAUCCUGCUGCUUCUAUUCCAUCAAAGGUUUGUACCUGCAGGUCUCAGGGAAGUUUGUUGAUGGAAAAUUUGGGUUCAUCAAAAGACAGCUGUGGGCUACUUUAAUGCACAGGCCGUUGAACUCCAGGUCAACAGUUUGGGUUAAGGCCUUAGUCAGGGUCAUUUUGUUGUGGUCUUGGGCGAGACGCAUCCUCACAGUGCUUCUCUUCACCCAGGAGUACAAAUGGGUAACUGACAAAUUUCCUAGAGAUUCAUGUGAGGUGGAUUAGCACUCCAUCAACCUUAUUUCUAGACACAUCGCACUACAAAAACUAGGAUAGGCUUUGGUGUGGUAUGUUACUGUAAAUUGAUUAAAUCAUGAUUUAUGAGCUAUAGACUCACACUAUACACUUAAUGACAGGUCCUGCACUACAUGGCUAGUUCUGCUCUUCCAGGAAACUGAUGCAAUAUAUAUUUCCUGGAACGAAGUCAAUGUAGAAAUGUCAGGGAAAAUGAGAGCAGAUGUCCAUGUAACUAGCUUGCUGAGUGACCUGUCGUUAAGUGUUUUGUUAUACAGUAGGAACAGAAGUACCAGCGACAAGGAAAACAAUUAAUUAUAGGAAACAGACAGCAACUACAACUACAACUGCAACAAAAAUGAAAACAACAACAGAAGUAGAAACAGAAACAGUAGCAACAACCAAGACAGUUGGAACAAUAGCAACAAUAGCGACAGCAAGAACUACCACAAGGGCAACAGUAACAAACAAGAUAACUGAAGACAAAUCUCAAGGGUUUUUCAGUUUUACAGUCCUUUUUUACAUUAUGUUUGGUCCAAUCUUAAAAUGACCCUAACAGGUACAUUAACAAUAACAAUAAAAUAACAACGAAAAACACCUGAAACAACAGCAACAAACAAAGAACAACAACAAAGUAAACUCUUAUACAGGUAGAUCCAACUAAAUGUCUCUGCAUCCCACAAAGAAGUCUGAUUCCCUCAAAAUAUUUCCCCUAAAA